ACUGUAGAACCAAUAUAUAUUUUAAAAAAAGUAUUUUAAUGAUUGAAUUUCUUUAAAAAUAAUGUUUUAAAUCAUGAAUCUUUGCUAUUACCUAGCGGUGGAAGGUAGUACUAUUUUGACAACAUAUUAAACAACAAAUAAUUUGAAAUAUAACGCGCUUUACGUUUAAAAUCGUUAAAUAAUGCGUCUUGAAUCAAGAUAUACACCCAUAAGCAAUCCCCGUGAUGUAGUAUCCAGAUCAACAAAUACAGAUCCAUCAUCAGACUCGGAGGAAGAUUCUGAGCCAAGCAGGACAGAUGAAAAUUCACCAUAUUCAAUGACCGAACAACAACUCGCUGCGCGUGCUUUAAAGAAACGCCGCGGAAGAUUCGGCAAACAACUUCACGUUUGUAUCACUGUAACACUAGGUUCAAUCAGUGCCGGUUAUGUCAUCGGUUCGGUUUGCCCGAAGAUCCGUGACCAAUACAACGCUAACGAAGGCCAUUACAAUCCAGACUAUGCCCUUUUUGCAACCAUUGUCUCCGCAGGCUUGGCCGUUGGCAAUUUCUGCAUGUCUAUAGUAUCAAUGGUUCGUGGCCCACGCCGAUUAAUGCUCAUCACAGCCCCAUUGAAUGCCUCUUCAUGGCUGCUUAUUCAAAUUAUGAAAACUGUCAAGUACCAAAAAGUGGGAAUGUUCUUCUGUGCGUUCUUCUCAAUUUCAUACAUACGUUGUGGAUCACUCCUACUAACAGACGGCAUACAUGAAGACUAUUACUACUUCUUUAAUCUGAUCUUUCAAACUGGGUAUGGUUUUGGUAUGAUGCUUGGACAUUUAUUCGGCUUCCACCAUUUGUUAGAUUACUACAGUGAUGCCCUAGGCGCUAUAAUUCUUACCGCACUCUUCAUCGCUUUAUUAUUCUGCCGAGAAAGCCCUGUGGCCCUGUAUCAUAAAUCACCACUGAAGGCACAGGAAGCGUUGAUUGCACUGCGAGGACGUGAUGAAAUCCAAGUCCUCAUGCGGCAAAUCAGCAGAGAUCAUGAAGCGCGCGUGCUCACAAUCGGCACCAAGUAUAUAUUCGUCUAUCAUGUUGUCUAUAAAAGUAUGAUUAUCAUUACCACCCUCGCAGUGUUGCAAUGCUUCUACGCAUAUCACAUUUUCAUAAUGUUUGACAUAUCAAUGUGGUACACCAGUACAAGAUUCAAAAUGGUGGAUAUCUUUGGUGAAUUUCAUGAUGGAAUGGUCUAUGGUGUUGCCUAUUACAUUGUUCCGUUCAUUAGUGGAUCACUCAACUUGCGAAUGGUAUUUGGUUUGAGGAAACCUGUCAUGGCGUCCGCCAUUACUGUGCCAUUUGUAUUGGUCAUGCACAGCGUUUACUACUACGUGUUAUUCCACACGGAUUAUUUGAAUAACGUCAUGUGGCUUUCGUUUGCCAUACGGAUUUUGCACAUCAUCUGUGUUAACUUCAGCAGUUCAUGGAGUCUGGAUGUGAUGAUAUCGGAUUACCUGCCAGAGCAAGUGCAGAUUUGGGCCUAUAUUGGUGUUUAUACCAUCAAAUAUGGGAUGUUUUCGUUUCUGUUCUGGUUGUCUUUUAUGUUGGAGAAUCUGCUGGGCGCUUCGGUAAUCAUUGGCAUCUUCGCGCUGGUGUCUUUCGCGGGGAUUCCUUUUUGUUACUUCUAUAUUGUCGAGUGUAAAGGUCGCACUCUGCAACAACUGCAGUUGGCUAUUGGGGGCAAUCCUAUUGGGUCAAGAAAUUCGUUUCGGUGUCGCUACCAGAAUUAUUUGACUCGAUGGCGAAAGUUUAAACAAAUUGAACGCGAAUCUAGAUUGGCUGGUAGCAAGAUAGAGCCGAGGUUUGAGGAAAUAUACUUGUAAGACAUUAUAACAUUAUGAAUGUCUCAAAAUAUAAAUCUGUUUGUUUAAAAAGUAA